GCUCAAAGUUCGAUCCGCGGUUGACCUCAGCCGCUCUUGAGGCUUCCAAAGAUGCCGCCCGCUGCUUGGAAAGAACUGCUCAUCGAUGGCAAGGUGAAGUUUAAGGUGCCAGCUCAUCUCGAACUCAUUAAGAAGGUGGGCUCUGGAGCUUAUGGCACCGUCGCCUCAUUCUCGGACCCGGUCAGCGGGACGAAGCUGGCGGUCAAGAAGAUCACAGACGCUUUCCACGACUUGGUGGAUGGCAAGCGCAUCCUCCGCGAGGUGAAGCUGCUGCGGAGCUUCCGGCACGACAAUAUCAUCUGCAUUCUGGACAUGUACCCACCAGAACAUCCAGACUUUGAUGACAUUUACAUUGUCACAGACCUUAUGGAGACGGACCUGCAUCGUGUCAUUUACUCCAAGCAGGUCUUGAACGAUGAGCAUCACCAGUACUUCUCCUACCAGAUCCUGCGAGGGCUGCUGUACCUGCACAGCGCCAACGUGGUGCAUCGCGACCUCAAGCCCGCCAACAUCCUGGUGAACAAAAACUGCGACCUGAAGAUUUGCGACUUCGGCCUGGCAAGAGGCCUCGGGGACGACGAGGAUGACCCCACCCUCACCGACUACGUGGUCACGAGGUGGUAUAGAGCACCGGAGGUGGUGCUCCUUGCCUCGGAGUACACCAAGUCCAUAGAUGUGUGGUCCGUGGGGUGCAUCCUUUGCGAGCUGAUCGGCCGCAAGCCAAUCUUCACGGGCAAGGACCACUUGGAUCAGAUCAAGAAGAUCCUGGCAGUAGUCGGCACUCCUACAGAGGAAGACCUGUCCUGGCUCCCGCCCCGGAGCCCUGCCCGCAACUUCAUCAAGAAGGUGCCGGUCUGCUCCAAGCAGAGCUGGAAGUCCAUCUACCCAAAGGCAACGGACGCCGGUGUGGAAGCAAUCGAAAAAAUGUUGACCUUCAACCCGACCAAGAGGUUAAGCAUCGCUCACUGCUUGGUCCUCCGGUAUUAUGAGACCCUGCACAUGCCGGACGAUGAGCCCGUCGCCGAAGUGCCAGUAGAUUGGUCUUUCGACAAGUUCACGCCAACCAAGAGACUACUGCAGAAUUACAUCUACGCGGAGUGCUGGAAGUUCCACCCGGACCUCGCCCAGCGCGACGCGAAGUUGUUGGAGUCCCGCGACAUCCCGCGGCUGCUGAAGUAGCCCAGGAUCCUGAGUGCGCCAAUCGGCGCCCCCCCGUUUGGCCGCCCAAAGCGCCCGAUUUUUCUCCUUUGGCGAGCGAAAUCGGCUUUCGGCUUGGCCGAGGGGUGGAGAACGCUUAGCUCGCUGCGGGUGGGAACAGGGGUUGGAAAUAUGGAGUCGGUGCGAUUGGGAAAGUUCAGUUAGAACCUGCCGAAGCCCGAAUGCGACGGUGUGACC